CUGGUGUGGGUCACGUGCUCACAACUCUGCGGAAUAAGUUUGCUAAGAUGGCUGCCGCUACUGCUUCGCUGCUACUGUUUUCUACUCCUCUUUUCUUCGCCUUUUUCGGAACAGGGAACUCGGACGCUCAAGUGCCACUUCUGAUAUGGUCCAACAAGGGCUUGCCAGCUCAAGCCUCGGCUCCAGCCGGCCACAUCACGUCCAACGAGCAGCUGGCGGCCUACCUCACAUCUGCCUUUGGCUCUGGUCCCCAAACUGUGCUGCUGUUCCUGCAGGACAGGCUGAGCAUAGAGGACUUCACGGUGUUUGCUGGAGUCUUUGGAAACAAGCAAGAUAGUGUCUUUCAAAACCUGGAGGCUGCACUGCAGUCCUCUUCUUCAUCAGUGACCCUACCAGCCUUAGAGUGGUCACAUUCCACUUCCGUUGCAUCUCUGCUGGAGGAGAAGCUCGGCGCCUCACCUGUGCUCGUAGACGCUGACACUCUGUCACAUCUGAAAAUUGACGCGUCUGUCAGCAACUUGCUAAUCAUCAAUCUGCCUUAUUGCACAGUCUCGCAGAAGUCUUGCCUCGAAGUGCUACGUUCCAAUGAUCACAUUAUUGGCAAAUUUGUGACUGCGAUGGAAGCCAACAAUAUGUCUUACACUGCGAUGUACACAGGAGCCCAGCCAUCACGAGUGAUUUCGCAGCCCGCCGUGAUGAACCAGCAUGCCGGUCGAUCAUUGUUUCAAGCUGUAGACCCCGAAGUCAAACCCCCCAUUAUGUUCAAUGUGUCGGGUGGCCCUUGCAUCAUGCUCUGGGCUCAGAACCUGAACAUUAGCUUCUCAGCCACCCCACAAUGGAUCGACCUUGCUGCUCAGACGCCCUCAUUGGAAGAAUCUCUCUGUAACGGCACCAACUCGCUACUUGUGCUCAGCUACGCAUCGGGUGUUAAACUAAGCUUUGCCAUGAAUAAGCGGUUCUAUCCAGUGUCUGCGAGGGAUUGGUUCACCCUGGACUCUGUACAGCUGGAGUCCAACGGCACCACAGCAUCUUUCAUCGGGAGACGUGGCAUCUACGCGCCCGCAGAGUAUUCCUUCCACUGCCAGUCUGUCAGCAGCUUCCGUGACGCCCUGCUCGUGCCCGACAUCACCAACCCAAACACAUCGGACUGGAGACUCAAUUUCAUCGACUUCCAGAUUCAAGGCUUUGGGUUGUCCAAUGAAACCGAUUUCUCCUACGCCAGCGACUGUGCAGGCUUCUUCACAGCAGGAAUUUGGAUGGGGCUGCUGACAUCAUUCCUCAUGCUGUUGAUCUUUGUGUACGGUCUGCACAUGAUCAUGCAGCUCAACACCAUGGACAGGUUUGACGACUCUAAAGGCCCAGUGAUUUCUGUUCCUCAGUCAGAGUGAGAGGUGUGCACAAAUGCAUUAAUGCUAAUCCAAUUUGGUGGCAGGGUUGUAUUGGUGCCUUAAAUAUUUGUGCCGUGCAGUCUGAAUCUACAAGUGAACGCUGUGCUUUAAGACACGUUUUUUCAUUCCCAAAGUGCCAAAAAGGGUUAAGUCACCCUUUAAUGUCUAUCCGAUUUUGUGUGUGUGGAAGAUGCGUUUCAGACCAUAGAGAUUUUAUUGUUUUCCAACUUAAUUUUACUUGUUUUAAAAUAUUUGUUGUGAAGUGCUUGCGUAUGAAGUGUGAAUUGCCAACUUUAUCUUGAAACCAUUGAUUUCUUACCUUUUUAUUUAUUAACAAAAAAGCCAAUGCCGCCUGACAGGCCUUUCAAGUUUGGUUCAUUUACCUUUUUAAAAUAUGCAAUAAUUGUGCGUUGAACUUAAAGAUGUGCUUUUACCAACUGCUGUAUUUACAAAUAAAAUGUGUAAAAUUA